GGCCUUAGUCAAGAUGUUUUGUGAAACUCGUAAUGCGAUAGUAUCCCAAAACAAUGCUGUGCGACGAACAGAGCAGGCGGAGGUUUAGGAAUCGUCGUUCAGCUGGAGAGCUGCCCAGCGAGGUAAGCCUAUGAGGCGGAGACGCAACUAAGGAAGUAUUCUUGUAGCUCCAUAGCUACUGUCGGUUUGAGCGGCCUUAGCUCAACACGGGUUGCUUGGUGCCGGCGUCUGUCGUCAUUUGCGAGCUUACGUUGCUGGUCCGAUCAAGUUUGUGAGCUCAUAGCCAAGUGUACGCAGGUCUUCUCUCUCUCUCUCUCUCUCUCUCUCACUUUCUUCUCGUUUGUCGAAGAGGAGAGAUUUUCUCACUUUCUUCUCGUCGGCAAUCAUGAAGACAUCUACUUUCUGUGUGCUUUUCGCCACCAUGGCUACGCUUCUCCUUGCUUCGGCUGUCACCUGCAGUGCCGAGCAAUUCGUGUUCAACACAGUGUUUAACUCUGACAAACUUCCACGUAAGAUUCCAAGUCAUGAUCGAGCGUUUAUACCACAACGUCCAGUACAUAUGGUCGUGAAACAAACGGUUGCCGAUGAUAAUCCCUGCAAGGUGCAAUGCAAGAUCGAUUUCUUCUCAUGCAAGAACCUCGUCGAGUACGCUAUGAAGAGCACUCUUAAGGCGACCGCGGCGGAUAUCAAAGCCUGGAAAAUCGAGCUCAAGGAAUGCAGCCAAGCCCUGGAAGGCUGCUUUGGCGGUUGCUCGCGGUUCGCCUAUUAAGAUGAUUCUGCAACGUUGAUUGGACGCCGAUCUACGACGUUCGGAUCCAGUCGGGCACAUGCGGCCAGUCUGCAAUUUCUAUAUCACCUCGUUUUCAGGACUUGUGCUCGUCGGUGAUAAGCAACCUGACUGCAGCCCCCCAGAAUAAAUAUGGGCUUAGUUUAAAAAAAAAAGGUUUAAUUUCCCUGUUCCCCCUCCCCCCCUCCGUCUCUCUUCUCCCUUGAGCACUUGCCCGCUUGAUGGUCUGUUUGGCCAUCAUCCAAUGCUGCUGUAGACAGGGAAUACUGGCCGCCCGUUAGGCACACGCUUCUGGCGCCGUCCGUUGGGCACACGCUUCCGGCACACUGCGUCUCAUGCGCGGUAUGAUGUGCUCUUCGUCGGUCUCGUGCGCGGUAUGAUGUGCUCUUCGUCGGUCUCGUGCGCGGUAUGAUGAGCUCUUCCUCGGUCGACGUUAUGGAUCUCAUGGUCGCCGAUGGUCACGAGGGCAGCGACCAGCAGGUACUUGGCAACUGGUUCAAUCAGAGGGGAAUUGUCAAGGAAGAGAUUCGGCCUGCGAAGCCCUGAGUUUCUAGACUCUGGCGGAUUGGCAGUAUCGAAGAUGGUAUACGUAUUAGGACGACGAAAAUCAUCGCUUUUGCUUUGGUUUGCCGCUCAGCAAGUACUUGGCAAUUGGUUCAAUCAGACGGGAAUUGUCGAGGAAGAAGAGAUCCGGCCUGCGAAGCCCUGACUUUCUAGACUCUGGCGAAUAGCCAACAGUCAAGUGGCUAUAAGUAUUAUGAUGACGAAAAUCGUUGCUUUUGCUUUGGACUGCCGCCGCUCAGCAAACAUGUUCUUGCCGCAUAUUUGAUUUCCACGUCCGACAGUGAGAAAUUGGCACGUGGAGUUUUUGUUAUUACGUUAUUAGGUCGUGGUUUUGACUUUCAUUUGCUCUUGUCCUUACGUAGUAGCUCUUCGUUGGGGUUCCCGGUUAUAUCAGCGUCCUGCGCUUGAGAACUGUCACAUUCCGGUUCUGUUGCAUUUGGAAUUUGCGAAACGGUUGAUUGAUCGGCUCGUGUGCUUUGCUGCGGGAUGACCUCUGCGACUGAUUGUGCUAUGGAUGCUAUGUUCCGGUUUGAUCGACUUUUAACGAGCUCGGCGCGGAGAUAUCAACCCCGGUUGUGUCGAGGUCGGUUUGUUUGGUUGUUGUUUUUAAUGGUCAGAUGGGUGGUCAUUAUUUCGACCGCUGGCCCGAGUUGUAAUCACCGAUGCGCUGGGUGGAAGCGGUAGUCCUUUUGUGUGUGUUUUUGGCUCUUUAUGGUUUUCGUUCCCCUGGCAGCAGGUUCGUUUGAGAGGGCAAAUGAUUUACGUUAGUAUAUAAGCACCGGGCAUUCGUUUACUUUGGUUAUAUAAGUAAAGCGGAUUAGCUUUGCUUCUAUUUGCCACCUUUCCUGCCGUUGCGUUGGUACAUAGGUGAGCGUAUACGUGAUGUAAAUAGAGGGUUUAUGAUUUUCUACGCAGGCAUGAUGGCAUGUGGUUGGGCAGUGCCUUUAUGGAUGAUGCACUGAUUGGUCGACCAGUCCAGAGCGGAUUAGUUUGAGAAUCCGUUUAUCUCGGAUUGUUCGCCGGAUGAUCUUAUACAGAGUUCCAUGAUUUACGGCUCCAGGGCCUUCGGCCUCCAGGGAUCCUUCAAUAUACCAUUKCGCACCAUGAAAGGUACCCAUUAUAACAUUAAGGGCCGUGUGAGCACUACGUCCCGGUCUGAAGCCAUGUGAAUAAGUGGAAAAGCGGGGUUCAUAAAUAGGUUCUAAGAUCAUUCUAAGAACUUCUUGUACGAUCCUGUCCUGGAAGCAUGAUACUCCCAGUGGACGCUUUUCGUUCUUCCCAGGUUUCGGCGGAAUACGAGUUGCUCCCCAUUCAAAGGAGCAAGAAAUUGAAGAGGAGCAGGAUCUGAUGCAGUGGCUGCCACAAUAAUAGAAUAUUCUAAAGCACCCGCUUCUGAAAGAAUUUUCACUAAUUGUGCUACGGUCGAACGCUUCUGACCAAUUGCUACAUACACACAAUACAGCUUUUCUUUCUCAGAGGCACCUUUUGCAUCGAUCUGCUUCUGAUUCAAUAUAGUAUCAAUAGCUAUAGCAGAUUAAAGGUAAAUUGUCUGCCUUCCAGUCAAUGCAAUCAAUUGAAUGCGGAGGACAUACCGGUUAAUUCAUUGAUCGAAUUAUUAUAUUGUCGGAAUCAAUUCAUAAAUCGAGUGCUUCGACACCGGAUGGGGACUGAGCCAUGUCCUUUUCUUUGCGAUGGGUUUUGUUUGUAAGAAGUAAAGCAGGCUCACAAGUAAACUUGGCAAGCUCUGGUGAUCAGGAAACAUGUCCAAGGAGAGCUUGCAAAAUUCGUUGAUGCGACCAUUUCGACCGAUGAGUCUGUCUUUAAGAACAAAUCGCUCUAACAUCU